AGUGUAGACGGGAAAACAGACUACGAGUGGUUAGGCUGUCUAAUCUAGACUUUUUCCAGUAAGCGAUCGGCAUUUGUUUCACGUGGAAAUCAAUUGUCACAAUUGAUUCAGUCACAUUUUGUCGUCAUUCUCUCAUAACUUGCCCCAGUGGGAAAUCGUUUGCCGAUUUAUGUGUAAAACCAUGUUUGGAGUAGCAAUCUGAAUUCUUGAAUGUGAUUCAGUUUUAAAACCCUAAAAUAAAACAGGGCAUAACGAUUUUCGUAGAUUCUCGAAACCAGUGUAACAAAUAUGGAUCCUUUCGUCAUUCUGCCUCAAGAAAAGGCUCGGUAUGUCGAGCAGUUUAACUCAUUGAAACCGGCUGGUGGAUUUGUUAGCGGAGACCAAGCUAAAGGUUUCCUUUUGCAAUCUCAGCUCCCCCCUGUAAUUCUUGGUCACAUAUGGGAACUGGCCGACAUCAAUUCUGAUGGCAAGCUUGACUUCACUGAAUUUAGCAUUGCAUGCAAGUUGAUAAAUGCUAAACUUAGAGGAUUUGAUAUUCCUAAAGUUUUGCCACCUAAUUUAAGGAAUUCUGCAUCUUCUGGACUGACAACCUCUUCUGCUGGAACCCCUCCUGCAACUAUGAUGGGAGUCCCCUUGGCUCCUCUAGGAAUGACUCCAGCAGUAGUAAUCCAACCGUUGCCCAUGGCUGCUGUCAAACCUCCAUCAACAGUCGUGGCACCGCAUCCAACCAAUCAACCAUUAGUUCAACCAACAAUCCAACCCAUGAUACAGCCAAUGGCUCAACCCAUGGUACAGCCUAUGAUACAGACUGUAAUGCAGCCAACAAUGCAACCAACAAUGCAACCCAUGAUACAGCCUAUGAUGCAACCAAUGAUGCAGCCGAUGAUACAGCCCAUGAUGCAGCCCAUGAUCCAACCUAUUGUUCCAGCAAACCUUCCACUCCUUGGUGCUGGUUCUCCUGUUGGGUUACCUUUAAUGGCAAACAACAUGCCAGGCAAUGCAGGAAUAGUAUCACCUCCUUCCGCUGCUGCAGCACCGGCUGUUGCGUCAGGAUUCCCUGGUUCAUCAUUCAGUUUUGAUGGUUCGAAGCCAAAUACUCCUGAUUCGACAAAACCAGUCGCGAGAGCCCCAUCUAUUGCUAGCAGAGAAUCGUCGGUAGAAUGGACUGUGCCGCAUUCAUCGAAAUUGAAGUAUGCACAAGUUUUCAAUAGCCAUGAUCGUGGAAAAACAGGAUUCUUGACAGGUGUUCAAGCUCGUGGGAUACUUGUCCAGACUCAGCUACCACAACCAUUAUUAGCCCGCGUUUGGGGACUAUCUGAUAUCGAUAUGGAUGGACGCUUGUCUUGUGACGAAUUUGUAUUAGCCAUGCAUUUGUGCGACUGUGUUCGAGCUGGAGAUAGGUUACCAGAUGUAUUACCGCACGACCUUGUACCGCCAAGCUUUCGGCGACCUAGUUUACCUGCUGUAACUGGUUCAGUAGUCAGCCCAAAAGGAUCCUCUACACCGGAAUCGCUUGCCCAAGCUUUUGCCGGAACGCCACCGCCUCCUUCGGACGAUGGGAAAGUAACAUCCCCAGUUUCCUUUGAGGAUAAACGAAAAGAAAAUUUCGAUAAAGGUCAAGCUGAGCUUGAUAAGCGCAGGAAAGCUUUGGCAGAACAACAACGUCGCGAGCAAGAAGAAAGACAAAGAAAAGAACGUGAGGAAUACGAACGGAAAGAAAAAUUGCGUCUAGAACAAGAGCGCCGUCAGCAAGCCGAAUUGGAGAAAAAGCUGGCCAAACAACGCGAACUUGAAAUGGAAAAAGAAGAACAGCGCCGUAAAAUGUUGGAGCAGCGUGAAGCUGCGAGGAAAGAAAUGGAAAGACAACGGCAAUUGGAGUGGCAGAAACAGAGACUUCAGGAACUUCUCCAGCAAAAACAGAAAGAGCAGGAGAAGGUCGCUCUUCUUCGUGCAAAUCACCAACGUCUUCAAACGGAACUCUCUGUCCUGGAUGACAGAGUGAUGGAGCUAUCUUCAAAAAUAAUUGAAACGCGAACAGGCGUCGCUGAAACUAAGAAUACAAUUGACGGUAUGCGUACUACACGUGACACGCAAAUGCAGCAACUUUCAGCACUGAAGACGCAGCUUCGGGAACAAAAUCAACGUCUUCUUACCGUCAGCCAAGAAAAAGUUAGACUAGAAGCUAAAAAUCGAAUGAAUGCGGCCACCACACCUAACGCAGGUGACGCCGACCUAAUCCAGAACACCACAGCUCGUCAAAUCGCGCUAAAUCAAUCGAAAGAGAAGCUCGAGUUGUUGACAGAAGAGUUGAACAAAAAAAUUGAAGAUUCUGAAAACAACAAUGCCCAGUUAAGCGCUUUGAGGAAGGAGAUGUCUAUACUAGCUCGUACCUGUCAAGAAACACACAAGGCGUACCUUAAAAAGCGAGAGGAAGUUCUUCUGUUGCGUGCUACUGGUGGCAAGCAACAGUCUUGGGGUAAUGACUCCUGGUCUGAUUCGACUAACAGUUGGCCAGUUAGUACCGGAGCCACCCCUGCAGCAGUUGAAGUUAGCUCCAAUGCUGCUGUGACGCGAUACCGGGCAUUGUACGAGUUUGUGGCUCGUAAUGGAGACGAAAUCUCGUUUCAGCCUGGCGAUAUUAUCAUGGUCACGGAGUCGCUUUCAAACGAACCCGGUUGGUUGAGUGGCGAAGUACGUGGCCACGUUGGCUGGUUCCCAGAGGCUUAUGUGGAAAAGAUGGAUCAAGGGGGAUGGCCAGAUACAGGUAGUUCGACAGGAGGCAGUAAUGUUGAUAGCCCCAUAACAGGAGCAAAACGACACCCUCUGGAAGGCAUCCAAGAACUGCCGGAGAACGUCAGCGACAAUGGAUCCAUCGCUGAUGCAGGUGCAUCUGUUUCAGCCGCUAUAGAAGCGUCUCAUUCUGCUUUUAUGCCAGUUGGAACUAGAGUACCAGAUGAAUCGUCGUCUCCUAUCCGUGGACAAGGCGAAAUUGUCGACAAUUUGAAAGCGGAAGCCAUUUACGUUUGGCAGGGCAAAAAGGAUAACCAUCUCUCCUUUAACAAAGGAGAUGUCAUUUUAGUUCGCGAACAACAAGAUCUUUGGUGGUUUGGCCAAUGUAAUGGUAGAAGUGGUUGGUUUCCAAAAUCAUUUGUGUCCCUUUUCCACACCGAUGCUACACCUCAAUCUCCUAAAUCAAUCGUUUUCGCGCAAAAUAGCAAAGAAGACAAUUUCUACGUAGCUAUGUAUCCCUAUGAAUCGAACGAGCCGGGAGACUUGUCAUUCGUGGCUGGUGAAAUGGUGGCAAUUAUCAAGAAAGAUGGAGAUUGGUGGACUGGAACUAUUGGAGCCCGUACCGGUGUUUUCCCUUCCAACUACGUUCAGAAAGCUGAGCUUCAAUAUGAAGCCGCCGCUGAUUCCGAAGUUGAAGCCGCUUCAGCUGCGGCCGACGCUGCUGCAGCGGCCGCUGUUGCGAAAACUGUUUCGCCAGCUGUGAAAGCAACGGGCCAGCAAGAUUCGAAAAGACCCAACACAGCGCCCAUCGACAGCGAAUUUGAGGCAUCUCUUCCUGGAGUUCCUAGAGCUGCCUCCGCCGCUUCUAGCGGUGCACCGUCACCAUCCAACAUGGGUCGAGGAAGCAAAAAACCUGAAAUUGCUACGGUGAUUGCUCCUUAUUCCGCAACUAGUAGUGAGCAGCUAUCGCUACAACGAGGCCAAUUAAUCAUGAUCCGGAAGAAAUCUGCAUCUGGUUGGUGGGAGGGAGAACUACAGGCCAAAGGACGAAAACGUCAACUGGGAUGGUUUCCGGCUUCGUACGUAAAAGUGUUGAGCAGCUCAGGUGGAAGUAGCAGAACUACACCUGUGCCUACCGAAAUGGACGAUGAAAUGCCACCUAUCGUUCCAACCCAGACAGCCAUCACCGCAGCUUUCGAAGUUAACAACACACCUACACUUGAUCAGGUAGUGGCUCUUUUCCCAUACACGGCCCAAAACGAAGAUGAACUCAGCUUCUUGCAAGGCGACGUUCUGAUAAUAUUAGAUCGUGAAGACCCAGCCUGGUGGCGGGGCGAACUCAAGGGCCAGACUGGCCUCUUCCCUUCAAAUUACGUCGAGGUCAUGGGAAGUUUGGCUGCUUCAGCUGCGUUAGGAGCAGCUGCGAGUUCAGCCAGUGCCAGCGUUGCAUCUACCACGACUACUCAAUGGACGACAUCGAGGCUGACCGACACCGCAGCUUUUUCCCAACUGUCACCCACUGAGCAAAAGCGCCAAAUUGUCAUCCAAGAACUGAUUAGUACAGAAGAAACUUACAUGGAGGACAUGUCUAUCGUCAGCGAAGUGUUCCAGAAACCAAUGAUUGAGUCGGGUGUCGUCAAACUGGAAGACGUGGACACAAUUUUCGUCAAUUGGAAGGACAUCAUCGCUUGCAACAAUACGUUUUUGAGGGCACUACGCAUCCGAAAGAAGAUGAGUCCUGAAGGGAUUAUUCAGGCCGUUGGAGAUAUUUUGAUAGAUUGUCUUCCGCACAUGUCGCCGUACAUUCGGUUUUGCAGCAGGCAGCUGAACGCUGCGGCUUUAAUUCAGAGGCGCCAUGAAGGUGUUCCAGAGUUCCGUGCUUUGUUGAAAAAAUGCCAACUUCAUCCGAAAGUGAAAGGAAUGCCGUUGACUUCGUAUUUACUGAAGCCAAUGCAGAGAAUAACAAAAUAUCCUCUGCUCAUUAAAAAGAUUUUGGAAUCAACGGAUGUUAGCCACCCAGACCGGCUGCUGUUGGACGAAGCUCUAGUUAAAGCCGAGGAACUCUGCAAUCAAGUCAACGAAGGUGUAAGGGAACAAGAAAAUUCGGACAGAUUAGAGUGGUUGCAACGCAGAGUCCAUAUUGAAGGAUUGGAUGAACGAUUGGUCUUCAAUUCCGUCACAAAUAUGCUUGGCCCUCGCAAGCUUAUUCAUUUCGGCCCUCUAAAAAAGGUCAAAAGUAACAAAGAACUGCUGGCCUUCGUGUUCAACGAUUUCCUCUUGUUCACCACAAUCAGCAAACCUUUGGCUUCCAUCAAUCUUCAAUUUCUUUUUGAUAAGAAAUCCAGUGUGACAUUGCGGAUGUACAGAAAGCCCAUAUUCCUCAGAGAGAUGACAGUCGUGCAAGGAGAUAAUCAAUCCACCGAUAGUGGCACUGAACACGAGUCCGUGCCGACACGCUUCACGAUCCAAGACACGGAAUGCAAACUUCUAGUGACAUGUACCAGUUCGGCCGACCGAAUUCUAUGGUUGCGUAAACUGGAAGAAGCCCGGAAACACUGCCUGCUGACCGAACGGGCCGUCCUUCAACGCCAAAGAUCAAUAAGGCAAAGGCCACCCGUAGGCAAAUUGCGAGUCGUCGUUGCUGAAGGCCUCGCUCUUGCUGCACGGGGAAAUCCUAAAGGAAAAAGCGAUACGUUUUGCGAAGUCUACCUCGGGUCGCAAGAACAUCGGACGAAAGUGGUACCCAAAUCUCUCAAUCCUAAAUGGAACGCAUCGAUGCAGUUUCUAGUUAAAGAUCUUCAGCAAGAUGUCCUCUGCAUUACCGUGUUAGAUCGUGACUAUUUCUCACCGAACGAGUUUCUGGGGCGAACCGAAGUGCGUAUUGCCGAUGUGCUGCAAGAUUCGAAAAUUUAUCGCGGACCGCUCAUCAAACGGCUUCCUUUGCACGAAGUCGAAUGCGGAGAAAUCGUCUUGAAGCUCGAUCUUCAGCUCUUUAACCGCCGUUGACGCCCCGUCUCAGGAUGAGUUGCUUUUCUAUUCUCAUUGAUUGACCGUUUAACCUGUCUAUAACUGCCAAGCUAUUGCAAUCAAAUUUCAACGAACCUGAUUGUUGCCUCUUCCUCGAUCAGAAAUCUAUUGCAUUUGAAUCAUG